UCCUUAAGGAACGCGUAGAGGACUUGCCAACACUCGGAAAUCGCGCCUGCGCCGAAAAACAACAAGCGCCUAAUCAAUAAAAACAUAAAAUUUAGUGCGCAAGGAGCAUCAGCAUCAGCAGCAGGAACAGGACAAAAACAAUAUUCCCGAAGGACGCCAACAGAACGCACAGCACCUUCCGUUGAGGCCGAGAAGGGCACAUUGGAUUGGCAGCAGCAUCGAGGACAAAGGAUACGCAGCUAACAGGUCUGCAGCUCUCAAAAGCGAACAUUGAGGAUUUGCUGUCGCAAAGGGCCCAUCUGAGGCUCUGAGCAGCCAGGUGAACCAGUAAGGUCCAGGAAAGAGAGCUCCAGAGCGAGGCAGCCGCGGAAGCAUCCCAAGCGCAUACGAAGAACAGGACAAGAUGUACAAGACCAUCAGGCACGGGGAGAACAGCCUGCAGUACACGAUUCUGCCCCAGAACGACGAUUUCCGCAUCGAGGGCAAGCUCUCGGGCUCGGGACGAGCGGGCUCCGCCGGCGGGGGAGCCACCUCCACCGCCUCCGUCAAGGCCAAGGGCCAGCGACGCCGGCGAUCCUUCUUCGCCUACUUGGGCUUGAUCUUCGUGUGCACCGUGAUCAUUGGCGCCGUACUCAUACCCUUCCUGGUGUCCGCCGAAUGUCUUCCGAACCCCGCGGAAUGGUUCUUGAAGACCAAGGCCGCCCUGAUCCACAGUCCGCAGCCAGGCGGUGGAGAUUCGAUUGGCACUUCCUCCACACUGGCCACAGGAUCGCCCUUGCUGCAGCAGAACGUGGGCCGAAAUGUGCAGAUUGUGAACCGGAAUGGCAUUGAGCAGUUCGUUAUUCGCGUGAACAAAACCAAUCCGAGUGCUAGCACCACCAGUAGCACCACCACUGGCCCCAGCACCGUGGCCACCAGUUCCAGCAGCAGCAGCAGCACCUCCACCACAACGACGACGACAACCGUUCCAGCUCCCACAAGCACAAGCACCACCACCACGACAACCAAGGCGCCUCCGGUGACCACUCCGAGGUACCCGGCCCCGCCGCCGCCUCCGCCGGCCACCACGAUCACCACCCGUAUCAUCCAGGUGCCCCUACUCAAGUCCGCCGCCAAGAAGCCCAUAAUGCCGCCAGUGCUUGCAAAGGCCCAGGGGCCUCAAAUCCAGACCGGAGCAGGCCAAAACUCCAGGCUGCAGGCACAGGCACAGGCGGGCACGGAGCACGAGUCGCUAUCGAAAUUGGAAUUGGAAUCGGAGGGCGGAGGGCAGAAGAGCAACGGUGCCUGGAUAAAGACGCACUGGGCCUACAUCGAUCCCUCGACGUACUUCCAAUGGAGCGGCUACAAGGACGAGGAUAGCGUGCUGCUACCCGCUCUGCUGGGCUUCGCCCUCAUUGGAGUGAUUUUGAUCAUCACGGUCUGCCUGGUGGCACGCAACAAGCGCACUAUUGUGUCCUCCGUCCGCAAGCGGAAUCGCAAUGACAUCGAGGAACAGGGCGCCGAGGACAACGCCACCCUGCUGACCACUACCAACCUGUCGGACGACGACUAAUUGGAGCUAGUCCAGAUGAUUCCCCGUUCGCCCUCGGUUCAAGCUUUUGAUUUUCGGCCUGCUUGAGCGAUCCAAAGUCGCUGGCUGGGCCAUCGCCCACUUCGCCCAUCCGUUUGAGACACACACGAUUACCCAGACACCCGGACCUGCUGAGAUGCCUCCACGCCAGCUGAUCCAGUAUGCUAAUCCCGAUCCCGAUCCCCAUCUUCCCCUCCGCUUCUGGCCAAGAGGCGGGCGGUAGGCGGAGCAAAGAGAAAUCCAAGCACGAAGAAGACUGUUUCUAAAACCACUGUUUAUCCCCAAAUGUUUCCAAUGCUCGUCUUCGCCCCGCACCGCCCUUCCCCUUCCCUACCCCUUACUCAUCCUUACAAAACUGUGUGCGUGUGUGUGCUGAUAGUGUGUGUGUGUGAUCCCAAAGAUACCCCUUACUUAUAAAUAUGCAUAAAUGCACGAGCUAGCUUGAUAACUUGAGGUGCGAGGGAUGUGGUGGUGUCCACGCUGGAAACAGCCCCUCCAUGUGACCAUGUUCGAUCUCAUCCAAAGUACUUUCCAAACUAAGUGAGCUUUUUAAACACAAUCCACCUUUUGAGUCUGCUGCUCCUGCUGCUCUGAAGCCAAUUGGUGGAUGCAUCGCGGAAUAGGGAGCACCGGGGCACAAAAGCACCGAGGCACAGCCCUCGGAAAUCGCACUUAAAUCAAAUGAAACGUCCAGAGAUAUGAAUAUUUUUUCGCAAGCGACUACACCUAAUUUGCAACACAGGCAGGCGGGGAUGGGGAUGGGGAUGCGGGUCCGUCUUGGCCCAAAACGCUUGGCGAUUCGAUUCGAUUCGAUUCAGAUGGGGCAGUUGGGCAGUGAGCAGUAGGGCGACGAGAAACCGUAGCGGGGGACUACUGUUCGUCUAUAAAACUGUGUAUAACUGAGAGGCAUUGACAAGUAUUUGAGAUGAUCUGUAUUUUUGUAAGCGUAAUAUUUAAAGCGACAGCCA